CUGAGCAUUCUUCUCGACAAGCAGGCGCACAAUGUCUUCGUGGCCCCUCUUAGCAGCCCACCACAGCGGCGUCCGGCCGUGUUUAUCUGCAAAAUCGAACCGAGCAUUCUUCUCGACAAGCAGGCGCACAAUGUCUUCGUGGCCCCUCUUAGCAGCCCACCACAGCGGCGUCCGGCCGUGUUUAUCUGCAAAAUCGAACCGAGCAUUCUUCUCGACAAGCAAGCGCACAAUAUCUUCAU